CUCCUCCAUCCUGUGGGCUCAGCUGACAUGGAGGAUGCAGAUGAGGAGCAGGUGGAGGUCAUCACCAGCAGCUCCCCCUGCAGCGCCACCUGUGGCCUGGGGUUCAAAACCCAAACCCUGUGUUUGCUGAGAGACAACAACAGAGCGACGGAGGAGGAGGACCCAGGAAGAAAAGAUGGGAUGGAGGUGUCGGAGGAGUGUCGCGUGCACCAGGUGAAGUGUCAGGAGUCGUGGCAGUGCGGCCUCCGGACGCUGACGGUGACCUCAGGAGAGAGGCUGGAGGUCGACUGUCUGGGAGACGUGAUGAAGACCAUGAGGCGGGCAUCAUGGAGGGUGUCGUGGCGUUUCGCUGGAGGAAUCAUCUCCUCCGACGACUCUCUGUUUGCCGGCUGGAAAUCUCCUCAUCUGCACCGGGUGAUUCUGGACCCGGUCCGAGAGGAGCACGCAGGAACGUACCGCUGUGACGUGCAGGACGGCAGCUUCCGCAGAGUGAAGCGAGCUUACUGGGGCGUCCGGGUUCUUCCUGCUGGGAUCCUGAAUCUGGAGAGCUGAGGAGCCGAGGCCCAGUGA